AUGAGUAAAACACCUGAAUUCAAGACACCUGUUGGUUAUGAAUUUACUCUAGACACAAGUGGAGGUGGUUUUCGUUUUUCUACAAGAGAAGGCUCAGAAUCUUCCUUCGCAUUAUCAUCAAAUCCCGAUCAGUUAGAAUCCACCAAGAAGCAUCUAAAUCCACCAGUCAAGACUGAUGAAUCGAAAGUGAAAGAAACCAAAGUCCAUGACCCUGAGCCUGAGGUGUCAGUCAUGUUACGCAAAAAGAUUUCAACUCUUGAAAAAAAACAGCUUACUUUGAAGAAAAAAAUUCAGGAUUUAACAGACGAAAAUGCGAUUCUUGAAGCUGAGAAAGCUAACGCGGCUGAGCUUAAACUUACGAUUGCUGAGACAAAUCGUAGGUAUGAAAAAAUGUUCGGUGUUCUAGAGGCCUCCAGACAGCAAGUAAUAAAAUCGGACGAAGAAAAUAAAAAUCUGAAAAAUGAGUUGACUAACAAGAUUCUUGGCAUAACUGGUCGUUUACAGAAGGAAUAUGAUAAAGUAGAAGCUCAGAAUCUAAAAUUGUAUGAGGAAGUAGCGUUAGGCCUAACUGAAAUAGCAAAGCGAGAUGAACAAAUCAUAGAACUGAGUACCCAGAUUGAUCUACUAAAAAAUUCUCAUGCGACUGAAGAGGAUAGAAUGAAUAACGAUAUUGAAAGGUUGGAAAUGGAACUUAAGGAAAAGUGUGAGUUGGUUGAUGAUCUGAACAAGAAGCAUGAUGCUCUAAAGAUAUGUACAGAUGAACUGAAACUAAAACUGAAAGGUGUGGAAUUGGAUAGCGAGAGGGAAGUGACGUCUGAAGAUGCAGUUUGA